UUUUAACUAUGACUUAUAUUUAAAUGAUACCUUCAGAUGUUCCUUAAUCGAUAUACAACGUUCAAGACACCCGCUUUACACGUGGUUUUAUACGAAAAAAUGGAGGAGGAAAUCUAUAUAACGGACUCCGAAGGUCUUUACCCAGUAUUACUUAUACCUAAAAAGUGCACCACAUUGGAGACUAACUGCGAAGCAACCGACAACGUAUUCAUAGACGUAAAUAUAACAUCGCCGGAUACCGAGGGUAACGAGAUGUGUAUAUAUUCGGGUUUCUGCAAUGUAAAACUUAUAGACAACUAUGACGUGAACAUCCACGAGGCUGACUCAAACAGCCACUCCUCUGAUAACAAUGAUACCAACCCAGCUCCUAUUAUCGUCACCGAAGCGAGUAACCAAGGCACAUAUCCUCCAUACAGCCAGUCACAAGUAUGGAUCGACCCAGCCAGGAGCCCAUAUGUAUAUAACAGUUAUGACACAGUGGAAUCUCAGGAACAUUAUUCAGUCUAUCAUCAGUCUCACUCGAGUCAUAUAACCGUUGAACAACACAACACUUAUAUAACACAGAAUGUGUAUAAUUAUAAAGAGUCAAUACAGUACUCCCCAGUGGAGGAAUUUGAGCACAAAAAGUUCAGAAAACUUCAAGUCAAUGAGUCUGGUCAACCGGCUUCGGUGGAUCAAAAUCUGUAUGAAGACGAUGAGUUUGAAUGUGGUGUGUUCCUAUCUCAACUACCUGAAGAGAUAAUGAAUGAGAAAGAAAAUAAGGCUAGAGAGGAGCUUAAGUACAUUGGUAUACAAAGUGAGAAUGAUGCCUUAAAACAGCUAAUGUCCUCUGACAUUCAGUCAUUGUCAAAACAACAGAAAACAAUACUGUACUUGGGCCAUGACUCACACUAUGGUCAAACAAUACAGAAAAUUGCAGUCAAUGAUCCUUCCUUAGAAUGUGUUGAUAGCGGAAAAGAUAAUGAAGUUGUCGUAGAAAGUCAACCAAAUCAAAAGAAAUACCAAUGUGAUAAGUGUAAACAGAUAUUUGACCAAAUAACCACUUUUAAGCAACAUAUGGUGGGCAGCCACAAGAGUCCAAAGAUUCCGAUUUUAGGUACGGAAAAUGUUAGCGAAGUAAAAUUUAUGUGUACAGAUUGUGGCAAAAUGCUCAAAAACCAGAAAAAGUUUGAACUCCAUUGUCUAGGCCAUGGAGAUCCAGAACUAGAAUGCAAUAAGUGCCACAAGGUAUUCGCAUCGAAAUUCACCUUACGGAACCACCGUAAGAUACAUCAAAGGAAACACCAGUGUACUUGCUGUACAAAAACAUACUCUAACUUUGAGGAGUUAAAAACUCAUAUGGCAAAAAUACAUUUUGUAUUCAUUUGUGACUUAUGUGAUUAUACAGCGUCCAAAUAUUCUGAAUUGGAACUCCAUAAAGUAUGUCACAAAGAAACAGACAUAAAAGAGACCAGUGACACAGAUUUUACUCUUUCUCUCGAUGAAGAUUUGAUUAGUGAGAGUGAUACUUUAACCCCACCCCCCGAAGAUUAUAUCUUCAACUCUGAUAUUGAUGAAUCAUCUAAAAUAGAUGAAAUUAAGAAAGCAGAUUCAGUGAUAGCCAAGGUCAUGUCUAAUAAGAUAUUCCUACUUCAUUCAAAGAAGGCACGGAGACACAAGAGAUAUAAAAAGACAUGUGACGUUUGUUUGAAAACAUUCGACCGAGUGGGCGAUUUGAAACGUCACCUAAUUGAGCACGUAAUUAGAAGCACUCUCGCAAAGACACCAGUUAACAAGAACGGCACCCUUACUAUACAGUGCGAGGUCUGUCAAGCCGAAAGCUUCACUAAGGUAGAUAGAUAUAAGGCUCAUUUACGCGAGCACGCUAAACUCACCCUAUACAAAUGCACCUUCUGUGACAAAUCCUUCAGCGAUUCCAGUAAUUUUUCCAAGCACAAAAAGAUCCACGGCACAACGUUCUUUCAGUGCGAUCUUUGCCAACGGAAAUUCAACUCUAAGAAGAUGAUAACACAGCACAUGGAAUAUCAUAACAAUAAUUCGCCAAUACCGUGCUUCUAUUGCAAUAAGGAGUUCCAUUUUCCAUCGAUGCUGAACAAGCAUGUCAAAUGUGCCCACACGCGCGAAAUGUCACGGUUCAGAUGCCGGUUCUGUCACGAUUAUUUCAAAACACUGAAAGAGAAGUGGGAUCACGAAUGGAGGAUACACAACGUUAGAAAAAUGAUUGUUGAUUGUCUUAUUUGCGGUUCGAAAUUCAGAAAAUACUCUGAAUUGAAACGACACUGUAACGAUGUCCACGAUAUGGAAAUUCCUCCCGCGAAAAAGUUGUUAAAGAAAAGAAGAUCGCUUUAAAACAA